UGAUGGUGGAGAGAGAGAGGGGGAGAGAGUUUUUCUUCAUUUUUGAAUUCGGCAAAAACGUUGCCAGCCGAGCCCCUGCUUUCUCUCUCUCUCUUUCUCUCUCUAAAAUACCAUUAUACAUGAGGAGGGAGGACGCCCCUUCCUCCUCCAACUCAUCCACCCAGCCAUUCAUCCAUCCGUCCGUCCUUCCUCUCCUCUCUCUUUCUCUCUCCUGACAUAUAAAUUUUAGAUUCUCCACGCCCACCUUCUUUCUCUCUCUCUCUCUUUCUCUCUCUCGGGCGUCGAAAAUAUUCUUCUGAAUUGCCAUUUCUUAUCAUAAGCGCUAAGCAGGGGGGCAAAACAAGGGGGGGUGUUUCGGGAGGAUGAACACACCCACCAUUUCAUUUUUGUCCCUCUCGGAUCUUAUCAAUCCUCCAAUCCAACUUGGUCUCUUCUAGUUUUUCCGAUCGGUGAUUUUUGGGGGAGGCCGGCUUUACGUGAGGAUCCGCGAGUUCCUGAUCGAAUUGGAAGGAACGCUAGCUUGGUCUUGAUCUCAUCAAUUCCGAUUCCAUUUUCCUAAUUAUCGGGUUAGCUUGUCAUGGAAUCAGAUCUAGGAAAAUUGUUUAUUGGUGGGAUAUCAUGGGAGACGAAUGAAGAUCGUCUUAAGGAGUACUUCAAGACUUAUGGUGAAGUUGUAGAGGCUGUGAUCAUGAAAGAUCGCACAACGGGACGGGCUCGUGGUUUUGGUUUCGUAGUAUUUGCAGACCCAGCAGUUGCAGACAGAGUGGUUCUGGAAAAACAUAUGAUAGAUGGGAGGACGGUUGAAGCAAAGAAGGCUGUGCCUAGAGAUGACCAACAUACCCUGAAUCGAAGCCUUGGCAACAUUCAUGGGUCAGCAAGUCCUGCACGGACCAAGAAGAUUUUUGUGGGUGGUUUGGCUUCUACUGUUACGGAAACUGAUUUUAAGAAGUAUUUUGAUCAGUUCGGGACAAUAACCGAUGUUGUUGUGAUGUAUGAUCACAACACACAGAGGCCUAGAGGAUUUGGAUUCAUAACCUAUGAUUCGGAAGAUGCGGUGGACAGGGUUCUUCUGAAGACAUUCCAUGAACUGAACGGAAAGAUGGUGGAGGUCAAGAGAGCAGUGCCAAAAGAAUUGUCCCCUGGUCCAAGUAGGUCCCCUCUCGGGGGUUUUGGUUAUGGACUAAACAGGGUGAGCAACAUCCUCAAUGGCUAUAAUCAGGGAUAUAAUCCAAACUCACUUGGUGGAUAUCAGAUGAGGGUGGAUGGAAGGUUUAGUCCUCUUCCAGUCUCUCGAACUGGGUAUUCUCCAUUUGGGCCACCGAGCUAUGGACUUGGUGCCAAUUUUGGGCCUUCUCUAAGCCCAAGCUACAGUGGUAGCAGUUACAGCAGUAGUUUGAACUAUAAUAGAGGCUUAAAUGCUUAUUAUAACGGAAAUUCAAGUAGAUAUAACAACCCAAUUGGGUAUACAGGAAGUAAUGGGGUAGCUGGGUCCUUCUUCAAUACAUCUGGCCGAAAUGUUUGGGGCAGUGCUGGACUUAAUUCGACUUCUGCUGGUUCAGUGGAUUAUGCAACUUCUGGAAAUGGGAACUUUGGAGUUAGUGGUGCAACUUGGGGACUGUCACCCUCUGCUUCAGUUCAAAGCGGAGGAAAUGGUUCUGGUUAUGCAGGUGGGAUGCUUGGUUAUGCAAACUCAGAGAGUAGUUAUGGUUUAGGAGGAAGCAGCUUUGCUGGUCGAAGCAGUGGAAACAGCAUCUCUCAAGCAUCUUAUGGUGCAAGCAAUGGUGGUUAUGAUGGGUCUUAUGCAGAUCUUUAUGGUAGUAGUUCCGUCUAUGGUGAUCCAACUUGGAGGUCUGAAACUUCUGAACCAGAUGGUUCUAGUUCCUUUGGUUAUGGGCUUGGAAACUCAGCUGGAGAUGCUACAACAAAAGUUUCUGAGAGCUACUUGGCAGGAUAUAAUGUUACUAACAGACAGUCAAACAGAGGAGUUGCAGCAUGAUAGGGGUCUGCCAUUCUUGUCAACGCUCAGUAGACAAUGAGAAGCAUUAAGCAAGGUUCAAACCUAUCACAUUUUUCCAGCUCUUGUCUGAGGUGAUCAAUUAUGCAGUUUCUAACUCAGGUUCCUAUUUUUUUCAAAUUCAUAGUCAAAGAAGGAAAGGCUGUCCAUUACAAAGUUUGUGAUUUGGGUGUAAUUUUCUAGAGUGAGUUUAGUUUUAGUGUAUUGGAUUUGAUUGAGAUGUAAAAUCAGGUUGCGGGAUAUGUUCAGAAGAGCGUUCCAGUUGUAGUGUGCUUCUUAAGUGAUGCACAAAUUAGGCAAUUCUUUCUGAUGUAUUUUCUUGCUAAGAUAUGCCAGUCCUUGUGUUUGUUUCCUGUUUU